AUGCAAGACUAUCACCAACCUCAUCACUAUUCUUCUUCUUUGCCAUUACCACACUCUCCGAUCAUUAGCACCACCACCACAACAACAAACACGAGUGGUACUAAUUCUCCUGUUACUCCUCCAUCAUCUUCUCGUCGAAGAAAAACCACCAAAUCUUCUGCUGAAUUUCAAUUCGUUCUCGCCAAAUAUGGAUUAAGUACCAAUGGUGAGCUUCAAGCUUCGUAUUUACACCAACAACAACCAUUGUCAAAUAUGUCUUCUUUUAAUACACAUAAUUCCUUGCCUUCUUCAUUGAAUCAUCAAUCCAAUCAUCAUCAUCAUGGAAUGUCAUCCAUUCCACAAAUUGUGAAAAGUGGUUAUCUCAUGAAACAAGGAAUUAAAUGGCGAUCAUGGAAAAAACGAUAUUUCAUCUUGGUCGAUGAUAUUUUGAUUUAUAAAUGUGAAGUGGAUUCACCAGUGAUUGGAUUGUUACAAUUACAGAACGGAAGUGUGAAUGUGGAUGAGAAGAAUAAGAGAAUGUUUCAUGUCAAGUGUGAAAAGUCCUUCAGCAAGGAUAAAAUUUACAAUGAACGUUCUUACACCUUUCAAAUUUGUUCCGAAGACCAUGAAGAGGAACGUGAAGAUUGGGUUCAAAAAGUGAAACGAGCUGCCACACAACAUGUUCGAUCACGAAUGAGAACAAGAACGAGAGCCAAUGGAGGAGCAGCAGGAUCGAAUAAUUCUUUAAUGGUGGGUGAUCGAUCUUCGCGAAGAAAUGCCUCUUCGAAUGAUUCUUCGCAGAAUGGAGGUGGUACGAAGGGAGUCGAAUCGAGAAAAAUCGUCGCAAUUGUGGUGACACAUGCCACUUCCAAUAUUGGCAUGGAGGUUGUGAAAUCUUUACUGCUCCGAAAAAUUCGUGUCAUUGCAGUGUGUCACCCCUCAAAUUUCAUUCCGCCUUCUUCCAAUAACAAUGAAAAUGAAAGAAAAGGAAGUUUUAACACAGUUUCGAAAGAAGAAUUAUUGAAAAAUUAUGGAGCCAUCGUUAUUCGAUUGGAGAAUGGAUUUCGAAGAUUUGAGGAGGCCUCUCUCGUUGAACAAAUCAAAGAAAAACAAUAUCACAUUUCAUGCGUGGUUCACAUUCCACUCGAUCAUGAAUAUAUUGUCGAAGACAUGAAUCACGUCAUUAAUUUUGCAUUGCAAUUGUCAGUGGAUUCGUUUUUCCUUUGCUCGAGAUAUUUUCCACAACCUCUUCCUUCUGUUUAUGAAAAAGAUUCUAAAAAAAAUCCAAUUUCAGAAAACACGAAUCAAAAUGGCAGUGAAGAAAAAGCAGAAUUACCAGAACUAUUUAAUUGUCAUUUACAGUGUGAACAGAUGGUCAAGACUUAUUUUGGACAUUCAUGUAGAAUUCUUCGUUGUAAUGGAACCAUGCAAGAUUUUCUACUGUUUUAUGACGAAAAAACUAGAAAUUUCUAUUUUCCAUUUGGAGACUUGAAAGAUGUGGACGAUAAAUCAAAGAAGAGGGUUUCAUGGGUUGACGCUCGUGACGUAGGUCUAUGUGUUUGUACCAUGAUUAUGAAUAUCAUGUUUCAAGUGAGCUCGACCAUGUCUUCACAACCACCAAAACCUCUCAACUCAGGUUUUUUUUUUAUUAGCCAAUCACAUUCAUCCUCUGAACAAUAUAAUGAAAAGAAACAUCGCACAACUUUCACCUUAUCAGGUCCAGAAAGUUUAACCAUUAAGGAUGUGAUUACAAAAUUCUCUAAAAAGACCAAUGUUCCUGUCGAAUAUAAAAUUAUUGACAGAGAGCAAUCCAUUCAUCGAUUGAUGCUAUCCAAAGGAUUGAGAAAAUGGGAGUGUGACGCCUAUCAUGACGUUUACACACGUAUCUACGAUGAGGGUUUAGCAAUGGCUAUUUAUCCAGAUGUACAGGACAUUAAAAAGUCAGACCCAACACCUUUCGAUAGCUUCAUUGAGAGAGAAUUAGAGACAUUCCAAGACCACAAUCCAUGUGUGUGUAUGAUUGGAUCCAUUCACUUUAUUCAAUCCAAGUUAUUGCACUCACUCCAUGAAAUGAAUUAUCUCUCUAAAAAUAUUAUUUUUUCUAAAAAGGAAAUUCCUGAUUAUCCAUUCAAGACAGCUCAAUAUAUUGUAUUCGAGUAUGAGAAAGAAAAGAAGAAUGUGGAAAGUAAAGUGAAAAUUGAAAUGAUGGAAGAAGCUCGAAAACGUCGAACAGAAGAAAUUCUAGUUCAAACUGGAAUGAUUACAGUUCCAUUCAAAACGUCGAGAUCUGCUUCUUUCCAUGAUAUUGAAUCAGAGGACACGACAGAGAAUCGUAUCAAAACCAUUUUACAAGAAAAGUUUAUUGACAUUGUGUCUGAUGCUGUCAUUCAAUGUGAAAAAUUAAUUUUCUUUAUUAAGGCAAAGUACAUUCUCAACAAGUGGUUCGAUGUCGAAUCAUUUAAGAAGGUGAUUGACAACAGUCAGAGAUCUACCAAAUUGAAACACAUUAUUCUAUUGUAUGAUUCUGCCACCAAAAAGAUUUGUCCAGACUUUUUAACCAAAAUUUCUAUUUACCUUUCCAUGAAAUGUAAAACAUCCUACACAAUGGUAGAAUUUGGAUGGCUCUAUCAAACAUUUGCAAUUUUAUCUGGUUCAGAGAUACAGACCUAUGCUUCACUUUCUGUUCCUGUUUCAUCAACUAUUGACGUUCUAAAUGAUCGAUUGGAAUGGUGUGACGGCGACGAUGUGAUUGAAUUUAUUUUAUAUUUAUUACAGAAUAUCAAAUUAGAUUCGGAACAAAUGGUGAAAAAUUUUGUGUGUCAUGGAACGAAAGCUAGUUUCCGUGAAAUUGCACGACUCAUGCAUGAAGUUUUAAAGAAACCAGUGUCGUGCUCGGCCAUUGACAUUUCUAAAUCCUUCCCAUGCCUCUACAUUGACAAUAAGGAUCUUUUUGAACAUCGUUCUAUGAAAAAAGAAAUGGUUUAUUAUUUAACUAUGGUUAAAGAAGAUUCUACCUCUGUUGAAAAUUAUUCUUCUGAUUGUUUAGAAUUUGAAGCAGUCAUGGGAAAACCAUUGAAAACAUUUAAAGAAUUUGUAGAAGAAUCUCUCAUCAUGUUUGCAGAUAUUAUUGAAUUGCAUCAAUGUGAAUUUGAUUUUUUCCAAGAAAUGUCUUCCUGUAACAGUAUUGACGAACAAGAACAUGUGAUUUUCAAACAUUUAAUGAAUCGAAUCAAAAAUUCAACAAGUUUAUUCCAUCGAGUGGUUCAACAAAAAUCUCGACAAUUUCUCAACACUUAUUCACAAGAUUAUUAUCAUUCACUCACAACAGAAGAGAAAUUAAUUGUCAUUUCCAGAGCCAAGUCUCUCAUUGCUUCAUUCUUUGAUGAAAUGUAUCGAGUAUUGGCACGACAAGUCAUGAAAAUUAUCAUUCCAGAAGCAGCAAAUUAUGGAGUGACGAUCAAAGUAGAUCCCAAUCAAAUGGAACCUCUCUUUUCACAAUGUAUUGAUUAUGUAUUUUUCGAUCAAGUUUUCCCUCUCGUAUUGGAACUCUAUAAGAGAGAAUAUAGUGUGAAAUCUGAAGUGGUGAAUCAAAAAUAUUUGGAACUUGCUAAAUGUACUCCAAAACAUUUGGAAAUUGCCGAUGACUAUUGUUUGGACCAAAAUGGAAAGAGUGCAGAAGAAAAUUAUGCACUUGCCAUUGAAUCACUUCGUAGAAUUUCACAAUGCAAUAGUUUAGUGGAAGGUAAAAUGAAACUCUUAAUGGAAACUUCAAAAGCAAUUGUGGAAUGUGUGAAAUUGUAUCACGGAAAAGAAAAGGAAGUUUCUGCCGAUGCCUUAAUGCCCAUUUUUAUUUUUGUUCUUAUUAAGGCAGCAAUUCCUGAUUUGUAUUGUCAAUUCAAAAUUCUAGAAGAUUUUGUUCAUGAAUCCAUCAUGAUGGGUCCCAUGGGAUAUUCACUUGUGACACUUCAAAUUGCCAUUGAUUACAUGCAAACUCUUCAAUGGGAACAACUCGAUCAAACCUUCCAAAUUCAAAUGGAUCUCAAACGUCAACAAGAAGAAUUCCAGAGACAACGUGAUUCAGAAAUUCAACUUCGAAAAACUCGAGGUUUCAGUGUCAUGUUAAAUGCACCUCCUACUCAACAACAAGCAGCUAACAAAUUUUCUGAAGAGAGUCAUCAUGACAGCACCGAUGAAGAGGAUGACAAUGUGAAUCGAUUAUUGGAAGAGUCUUCAAGAAAGACAAGUCUAAUGUCUGUGAAUCGAUCCAUGAGUAUCAUGCUUCUAUCAGGACGAGGAGGAUUGACAACAAAAGGAGGAGACGACGAUGAAGAAGAAAAUGAUGACACAUCUUCCAUUUCUGAAAAUAAUUCUCCUAAUGAACAACAACGAUUGACUCAAUGGAUGAACAAUACAAGUCCAUACUCCUCGUCGAGUACAAUGAGUCAUCCAUCAGAAAGUGACGUUUCUUCUUCUUCUUCCUUAAUGACACCUCGUUCUGCUCGUACGAAUUCUUCACCAAGAAAUUCCAUCAUGUCAUCCACAUUGACUCUUCCUCCACAAACACCAGACAAGCUCUAUGAAGAAGAUGUCUUUUCAGUGUCAAGUGCCUCUGGUUCAUCAUCGAGUCAUCAAUCCACCUCCUCAACGUCUGGAAGAACCUCCUUUAGUGAAUCAACCAUGUCACAAGCUGCUAAAUUCCUCAAGGCAACUCACCUGUCUGCCAAUGAAGCAGUGGAAUUGAGUGUUAUUUUAUUGAGAAGUAUUAUUGAAAUUUAUAAUGCUUCAGAAUGGAUUUCACAAACUCGAUUCAAUGAAAAAGAACGAAUGGGAUGGGGUAAAUUGUUACGAUUAGGAAAUGAGUUUAUUGUUUUGACAGGAAAUGAAGAUACGGUGGAUGCAUUUACACAAUUAACUUACAAAUUGGAAUUGGUUGAUGUUAUGGAGUUGAAAUCAAAGAAACAUCUCCUAACUGUAUUUUUAUUGAAUAUUUAUCAUGUCAUGUUGCUGCAUGGUUUCAUUAAGAAUGGAACUUAUCCACUCAUGUCUAUGAAAUCCAGGACUCGAUUCCUUCGAGAGCCCAUGUAUGUGAUUGGAAGUAUUCCUCUCUCAUUAGAUGAUAUUUUUUGUUUGUUGACUUCUGCAAAAAAUGUUUCGAAUAGCAGAAAACAUGAAUUGUUGAAAGAUGUUUAUCAGAGAGAUCCUUUGAAUUGUUUGGCAUUGAGUAAUUGUUGUUUCUCGUCACCACAUUUAAGAAUUUAUUAUCCUGCAAGUCCAGAAUUAGUGAAGGCUCAAUUAAUUCAACAAGCAACUUGCUUCCUUGCUCAGACUGUGAAAUUCUUCUCUAACACAAAACUGUUGGUCCUUCCAUCCACCUUAAGUCAACAUCUUUCAUUAUUUGGUGACAACAAAGAAACUGUUAUUAAUUGGAUCAUUAAUCACUUGCCCAAAGAUUUAGAAAUUAGAAAAGAUAUUAGUAUUGCCAUGACCUACACCAAUAUUCACAUCAAAUUUAGUCCCGUUGAUUAUAGUUUCCAAUUUAAGGUUGCGGAAUAG